AUGGCUGAGAAAAUACGUAAUGUAUGUAUUAUAGCUCAUGUUGACCAUGGCAAGACAACUUUGGCAGAUUUUCUAUUAGCAAGUAACAAUAUAUUAUCAAGCCGUACAGCAGGUACAAUGCGUUAUCUAGAUUCUCGGGAAGAUGAACAAUAUCGUCUUAUUACAAUGAAAUCUUCAGCUAUAUCUUUAACUUAUAAUUAUAUUGAUCCUUUUUUAAAUGUUUCAGAUUUAUUAUAUACAAUAAAUUUGAUUGAUUCACCUGGUCAUGUUGAUUUUGCUCAUGAAGUAUCUUCUGCAUUAAGAUUAUGUGAUGGAGCUUUAAUAUUGGUAGAUGUAGUUGAGGGGUUAGGUGAUCAAACUAGAAAGGUUUUACAACAAGCAUAUAUUGAACGUGUUCAAAUGUUAUUAGUUUUAAAUAAGAUGGAUCGAUUAAUUUUAGAAUUGGGUCUUACUCCUAAAGAAGCUUAUAUCCACAUCUGCAAACUAAUUGAACAAAUCAAUGUUUUAAUGCAUCAAUUUUUGCAUGAAGAAAUCCAUCAAUCAAUUUUUAUAAAAAGUGGGAAUUUUAAAGAUGAAAAAGUAGCUGUAAACAAAUUGAAUCUUGAUUGUAAAAAUACUUCUGAUAUAUAUAAACCCAAUGUAGAAAUAAUACAAGAUAAUAAAUUAAAUAUUUUGGAUAAUUCUCCUGAAAUUUCCUCUGGUUCUAGUCAUUUGGUUCCUAUUGUAGAUGAUAGUGUAGAAAAAUCUGUUGAAUUUUCAUUUAGUAAUGGAAAUAUUUUAUUUACAUCUUGUUUACAUGGAUGGUGUUUAGAUAUAAAUGAUGGUAAUAUUCUGAAGAAUAUAGCUGAUAAAUUAAAGUUACCGUGGUAUUUAAAUACACGAGAGAAACUAAAAAAAGCUCUUACAGAGGGGUAUUAUUUUAACUUGAAAUCAAAAAGUGUAUCACAAAUACCAAAUCGUAAGGAUCAAUGUACAAUGUUGGAACAAUUUAUAUUAGAGCCAUUAUGGAGUAUUUAUAAUUCAGUUUGUAUUAGUUAUAAUAAAUCUAAAAUAUUAAAGAUAAUAGAAAUUUUAAAAAUCAAACAAACAAAUGAUUUAGAACAGCUUUUAUUUGAAUGUAACAAACAAAUAUCAAAAGAUUCAGAAUUAUUAAAGAUAUCCUCUCCUAAUUGUUCUUUUUCUGCUUUAUGCCGUUAUAUUCUAUCAAAUUGGUUACCUUUGGCUUCUGCAGUAUUUCAUAAGAUUGUAACAUCUCUACCCUCACCACUUGCAGCUGGUAAAAUUCGUCUACCACAUAUAUGUCCAAGUUUGUAUAAUUUGGAGAUUGGAGACUUACUAUCUAAUUUUAGGUUAUCAGUUGAAAAUUGUGUUGAAUUAGUUAAUCCUAAUUAUCCAGUAGUUGUUUAUAUUUCUAAAUUUGCAGCUGCAGAUAUUUCAGCAAAUAGAUUAACAGGAGAUAAACUCAGAGGAACUGAAAAGUUAAAUGGAUUUGUUGGAAUUUCCCGAAUUUUUGCAGGAACUUUAAAUAUUGGAGAUAAACUUUACAUAUGCAAAAAUAUUAAAGUAGAAUUAAACAAUAGAAGUUCUACAGAUCAAGACAAUUUACAAGUAACUGUAACUAAUAUAUAUACUUUAUUAGGUAAUGAUUUGAUUCCUAUUGAGACUGUAAAAGCAGGUAAUAUUUUUGGAUUAUGUUUAAAAUUCCCACAAUUGAAUAAUCAAGAUUAUAUAAGUAAGAAUAAUUUAAAUCAAGAACAUGAUAUCUAUACCUUGGGAGCUAUAUCAUGUCUUGAUCAAUCAUUAACCUUGUCUAAUUUACUUAAUAUGCCAUCAUUUUCUUCUUUAACAGAAACUUCCAAUGGAUCUUCAGCUAUUAUUAGGGUUUCUAUAGAACCUAGAAGAGUACAAGAUAUACCAUUGAUGGUAGAAGGAUUAAAGUUACUAUGUCGUUCAGAUACUUCUGUAGAAGUUGAUACUUUUGAAUCUGGAGAAUAUAUUAUAGGAUGUAGAGGAGAAGUCCAUUUAGAACGUUGUAUUUCUGAUUUACAACAAGUUUUUGCUAGAAUACCUUUAACAAUAUCUCCACCUUUGGUAAGCCUUCGAGAAGGUUUAACAGUUAGACCAAAAACUCAAAUCCCUAAGAAAAUACAAAAUAAAAUUCCUUUUCCCCCUUGGGUAGGACUAAAUCCAGAUCCUCAAGUUAUGCAUGAUUCAAGGAAUCCUGGUAUUAAUAAUGAUAACUAUACUCCUAAUUCAAAUUGUGAGACUAUAUAUGAUGAAUUGGAUGGUAAACAAAUUAUGAGAUUACCAAAUGAGAAUGUUAUAAUAUCUUUGAAUGCAGUUUCAAUGCCAAUACCAAUUAUAGAGUACAUAGAAGAACAUCGUUCUGUUAUUAAUAGCUUAAUUCAUUCCCAUUCAAAUCUUUACAAUUAUUCUUCAUCUAUGAAUCAUACAAUGGAUAUUCUUGAUGAAAUUGAUAGUCACUUAACUAAAAUGAUAAAUAAUUUAAUAGCAGAAAAGAGAUAUAAUAAAAGAGAAAAGUUACAAAAUAUAUCAAAGUAUAUUAUCUUAGGAAUAUGUACUCGCAAAGGAAGUUGUACUAUUCUAGUUACUUGUGAAACUCAGUUUGAUCUAUUGGGUUGGACAUUAAGAUGUACUUAUGAUUCCUCUUACUAUCCUAAGAAAAUAAGUAAUUUUACAGGAGAAUUAAAUUCUUUGUAUACAUUAGUUGAUAAUUAUAAAAGGAUUAUUAAUGGUAUUGUAACUGGUUGUGAAUUAGCCAGCUUGGCUGGCCCACUUUGUGAAGAGCCUAUAUAUGGUGUAACAUAUCUACUUGAGAAUCUGACUUUUAAUAAUAAUCAAUUUUUAGCAAAUAUAUCUAAUAAUUUAGAACUAUUUAAUAAUAUCAAAAGUGAUAAUAAUUUUGAAUUUAGAAUAGACAAGUUAGAUUUGUCGACAUUUGCAAAUUUAAAUAUUAAUAAUAUAUCAAAUCAACUGACUACUUUAACAAGGGAAUGUUGCAGGAGAGCAAUUUUACAGCGUGGACUAGUUAGAAUUUAUGAAGCCAUGCUUAAAUUGACAAUCUUAUCUGAACAAAGUGUUCUUGGAAAGGUUUAUAGUGCAUUAGGAAGGAGACGAGCUAAUAUAUAUAAGGAAGAGCUUAAAGAAGGAACAUCAACCUUUAAAAUUGAAGCACAAAUUCCAGUAGUUGAAUCUUUUGGUAUAGGUCAGGAGCUCAGAAAUAAAGCUAGUGGUCAUGUUUCUGUAAAUAUGGUAUUUUCACACUGGAAAAUGUUGGAUCAAGACCCUUUUCCUGAGGCUAGUUUAACACAAGAAGAUUUCGAAGAUGAGGGGUUUUCAAAAGUUAACAUGUUUCUAUCACAAAACAGUACAUUAGAUAUAGGAACUGAUUCAAAAAGCGAUUUUUCUACUUUCAAUGUUGCUAGAAAUAUUAUAAACUCUAUUCGCAAACGUAAGGGGCUUCCAACAGAACAUAAGGUUGUUGUUGCAGCUGAAAAGCAAAGAACACUUAAAAAGUAA